CUUACCUCGUAUAUUCACAUAUUCCCCUCUCCAAUUCAUCAUCACAUGAAAACCGCUUCCUUUCUUUACUGACCCGCAUUGCAGGGGAUUCCAUCAGCCACAUUGGACUGCUACCUCAAGCCCAGGAGCAGGUUGCCAUACUGCAAAGCUCCUCUCUCGCGGCCGCUGACGGCCAUCAGCACCGGCACUCCCAGCCAACCUCAACCCAAGGUCACAUCCAACUCCACUCCACAGAUUGCAGUGAGCAGCCCUGCCGCAAGCGAUCUCGCACCCAUUGCAGUGACAAGCCCUGCCGCAAACAAUCUCACACCCAUCCCGAGGCCUCCGGGGAUGACACGUUCUCAGCAUUUCUUCACGAUCGCAUCAAGAAUUGACGCCCGCGCCAUGCAAAUCUCUGGCAACAUCGAGUUUCAUUUGUUUAUGGACAUGAGGGCCGAGUUUUCGUGGAUCUCUUUCAAGAUGACGCCAAAACAGUGGGCUGUAGCUACCGAGUCCUAUAACUACCGUCUCGAGGAGAAGAACCGCGCUAAUGGGUUUGAAACAGUGAGGAAGAACCCCCAGGCCCUUCUCCGAAAGCUCGGCGAGAUUGAAGUGGCUGUCAUGAACCGUGUGGCAAAGAACAACUUCAAGUCUCAUUCCGGCUCAGAAACGUUCUGGAGAAGGCACUGUCACGCUAUCGAGCUCAUCAAGGCUGAGCCUGGGAAGAAGAUCCGCAAGGCACACACAUGCUCCCGCUGCAAGACAAUCAUGUACCCCGGUCCCGAGAACUCAGGGUACAACCACAGACGGGGCUUUUGUGCCGACGGCGCCAAGCAGGUGUCGAAAAAUGAGCCGCCUCCACCCUGGCCACAGCCACCAGGCAUAUUCUCUGAAGGCAAGCGCUUCCAUCCGCGUGCCUUCCUCGAAAUCGUCAAGCAAAUAUACGAGCAAGUAUUCCUCCGGCCAUCUGGUGAAAGCCCUGCACUCGAGCAGGAGGCAUUUGCAAUGAUGCUGCUCGACCGGUCGACAACACUCGAAGAGUCAGGGACUGUGCUGUUCAAGCUGUAUGAGGAGCUCGAGAUUGACGAAUCGACGCCAGACGCACUGCUGAUUGUGCACAAUGGUGUCAAGCACCUUCGCGUCGAGUAUCUCCAGGAGCAUUGGGCCUCGUAGUAAUUCCGAUCUUUCAAUUCAGGUGCUCUUGUGCUUGUCUUUUUAAGUACCUCACAGUUUCCUUUCCCCCUCGCUACUAAUGGUUCAGAUUUUGUAUAUAUUUACAUUAUCACGCUUCUAUCAAGCCCCGCCCUUGCUUCGCAUCAUUCU